AUGGGCGACAGGAUUCCGCCGCCGGCUCACCUGCAGCAGUACUCGCAGUCCCCUGUCCAUUCUGCGCCUCAUCACCUCCACCUCAAUUCCAUGAGGUAUGUGGCUGAGUUGCUUGCUGAGAGGCAGAAGCUAGCCCCAUUCGUUCAAGUUCUUCCCUACUGUACCAGGCUCUUGAACCAAGAGAUUUUGCGGGCAUCUUCUUUGCCGCCUAACCAUAAUUUUGUUGAUGCUGAGAGAAUUGAGCAUGGUAGCCCAUUAAGGUUACCUGGCCACCCAGUGAAUGGUCAACCAAUGGAUCUGGAGGGAUGGUCAGGAAGGCAAGCAGAGCAUAUGGGGGUUCUGCAAGCAUCACCAAUGAGCUGGAAUGGUGCUCCAGCACUUGGUGGUACCCCUGUUGUCAAGAAACUUGUGAGGCUAGAUGUUCCUGUGGACAAGUAUCCUAACUUCAACUUUGUUGGCCGUCUAUUGGGGCCACGAGGAAACUCCCUGAAAAGAGUUGAAGCUACGACUCAAUGCAGAGUUUAUAUUCGUGGGCGUGGAUCAGUUAAAGACUCUGUGAAGUGUUACGGUGUUACCCUUGGACAUGAAAUGCCUCGCUCUUUGGUUAUAGACUUUGCAUUGGGCUUUCUUGAAGAGAAGCUGAGAGAUAAGCCUGGAUAUGAGCACCUGAAUGAGGCACUGCACGUGCUUGUGGAAGCAGAGUUCCCAGCAGACAUUAUUGAUGUGCGUCUAAACCAGGCUGUGACCAUCCUGGAAGAUCUUCUCAAACCAAUGGAUGAGUCCAUGGACUACUACAAGAAGCAGCAGCUGAGAGAGCUGGCCAUCCUGAACGGCACUCUGAGGGAGGAAAGCCCAAGCCCCCACCUUAGCCCGAGCAUCUCCCCCUUUAACUCCGCCGGGAUGAAGCGUCCGAAAACGGGGCGGUGA